AUGCGUUUUGGCAUUUCCCUUCGGAAUUACUCGAUCCGACUCGACCCAAGAAAAUUCAAAAUUGCAGAAAAAUCAGCUGCUGGAGAACUCUCCAUCGUUUCCAAAAUUGAUCUGGGCGUUCAAGCCAGCAUUCCCUACCAAAUCAAGAUGACCGGCGAGAAUGGGAAGCCGUUUUACUUUGCUGGGCAGAUUCACGCUGUUUCGAAGAAAAAUCUCGUCGGAAUCGCGGGAGAAAUCGACGAAGGGAGCGAAACGGGGUUUAUUUAUGAUGAAAAGAAUGAAGAUCAUUUGGGCGAUCUUUUCAACAAGGAUGAUCUUUCGAAAAAUGUAUUCGGCUGCGAAACCGCCUUCAAAGAAGUAGAAUACGAUCUCGUUUUCGAUGGUUCCUCUGAAAAAGCUGUUAUUCACUCAAUUGAGGGUCAAAUUCAACUGACAUAA